UCUUACAUGUAUGACGGUUGACUGUAAAUAAUUACGAUCUUCAUGCGUUAUGGCAACAGCAUUAUUGACUAUGCGCGACCCUUAGUAGGACACAGCGAUAAUUGCUGACUGUUCCAUUAGAUUAUUGACAGAAUUCUGAUAGACAGCACUCUUUCGACCGGUAUAGAAAACUGUUUAGAAAAUAUCUUUAUUAAUAUGUGUUGUGAAAAAGCGAAAGUGUUUUUAUUAUUAUUCGUUUCUUUAAUGUGCACGUUUGACUUUCACGUAUCAGCAAAAAUAUAUACAAUGAUUCCCAGCCAUAACGUCAGUGAUUUAUCGCGGGAAUUAACGGCAGAUUCACCAUCAUCUACAAUCAUUUCCACGACGUUCAAUAAACAUGAAAACUCAUUAUUUCAUUCGGAGUGCAAAACAAAUAACGAGAUUCGUUUUGGGAGUCAAAAUCUCAAAGGAUAUCGAAACAAAGGCGUGACAUCAACAUUUAACGAUUCGAAUUCGCGAUCAAAACAAAACGACACAAAGUAUCGCGGUGCAAUUUUUACAUCGUCGGACUCAUAUUUACUGAAAUUUUUGUUCCAACGUUUGCAAAAGCGAAGUGCUAUCGAUAAGGACGAUCAUGCAGGAAACGAUAUGUCUAGAGGGAAACAAAAGAAAGCGAAAGCCUUGGGAUUUUUAUUGAUGAAUAACGAUUCGACUAAAAAUUACGAAGACAUACAAGACGAUUACGUCGCGUACGAAGACGACGAUUAUUCGAAAGGUGUGAACGGGAAGAAGAUGAACUGGGAGGAUUAUGAAAACGAGGAUGGAGCAAGCGUAAUGGAGCUGAUUGUUUUGGACGCGAGACACAAGAAACAUAGACGAACUGCAUACGACGACGGUAAUCUAUAUUAAUAAUGUGCUUGUUGUUUUACGAAAUUUGUACCUGAUAAUAAUAAAUUUUGCUCGUUUCUAUA